GGCGGAGAAGGAGGAGGAGAAGGAGGAGGAGCCGGGCGGGCAGGAGGCAGCGGCGGCGAUCGCGCUGGGGUGAUGGUGCAGGUGCUUGGGGCCGGCGCGGAGCUGCCCGGCUGAGGGGCGCCUGGUCCGGGGUCCGCAGCGCCGCCGCGUCUCCCCCGGAGGCGGGCGGGCGGGAAGAUGCUGAGCAGGUUGAUGAGCGGCAGCAGCAGGAGCCUGGAGCGCGAGUACAGCUGCACCGUGCGGCUGCUGGACGACAGCGAGUACACCUGCACCAUCCAGAGAGAUGCCAAAGGCCAAUACCUGUUUGAUCUGCUCUGCCACCACCUGAAUCUACUGGAGAAAGACUAUUUUGGGAUCCGCUUUGUGGACCCUGAUAAGCAGCGGCAUUGGUUGGAGUUUACAAAGUCUGUGGUGAAGCAGUUGAGAUCCCAGCCUCCGUUCACCAUGUGUUUCCGUGUGAAGUUUUACCCUGCAGACCCUGUGGCCCUGAAAGAAGAAAUAACCAGGUAUUUAGUCUUCCUGCAGAUCAAAAGGGAUCUCUACCACGGCCGCCUCCUCUGUAAGACAUCAGAUGCUGCCUUGUUAGCAGCGUAUAUCCUUCAAGCGGAGAUUGGGGAUUAUGACCCAGGAAAACACCCCGAAGGCUACAGCUCCAAGUUCCAGUUUUUCCCUAAACAUUCAGAGAAGCUGGAAAGGAAGAUCGCUGAGAUUCACAAGACAGAGCUCAGUGGUCAAACACCAGCAACUUCAGAGCUGAACUUUUUAAGGAAAGCGCAGACAUUGGAGACGUACGGAGUGGACCCCCACCCGUGUAAGGACGUGUCAGGAAAUGCUGCAUUUCUAGCCUUCACUCCUUUUGGGUUUGUUGUUCUGCAAGGAAACAAGAGGGUCCACUUCAUUAAAUGGAAUGAGGUGACCAAGCUGAAAUUUGAAGGAAAGACCUUUUAUUUAUACGUAAGUCAGAAAGAGGAAAAGAAAAUUAUUCUCACAUAUUUUGCUCCAACUCCAGAAGCCUGCAAGCACCUCUGGAAAUGUGGGAUCGAGAACCAAGCCUUCUACAAGCUGGAGAAGUCAAGCCAAGUCCGCACAGUGUCCAGCAGCAAUUUAUUCUUUAAAGGGAGCCGGUUCCGAUACAGUGGCCGAGUUGCAAAGGAAGUCAUGGAAUCCAGUGCCAAGAUCAAGCGGGAGCCGCCCGAAAUCCACAGAGCGGGGAUGGUCCCCAGCCGCAGCUGUCCUUCCAUAACCCACGGCCCAAGGCUGAGCAGCGUCCCCAGAACCCGCAGGAGAGCUGUUCACAUCUCCAUCAUGGAAGGCCUCGAGUCCCUGCGGGACAGCGCCCACUCCACCCCGGUACGUGCCUCCUCCCACGGGGACACCUUCCUGCCUCACGUGAGAAGCAGCCGGGCAGACAGCAACGAGCGAGUCGCCGUGAUCGCGGACGAGGCCUACAGCCCGGCGGACAGCGUGCUGCCCACCCCAGUGGCCGAGCACAGCCUGGAGCUCAUGCUGCUCUCCCGGCAGAUCAACGGGGCGACCUGCAUCGAGGAGGAGAAGGAGUCCGAGGCCAGCACCCCCACUGCCGCCGAGCUGGAGGCCCUCGGGGGCGAGCUGAGGGCCCUGUGUCAGGGGCACGGCAGGCCAGAGGAGGAACAGGUGAAUAAGUUUGUUUUAAGUGUCCUCCGUUUGCUCCUUGUGACCAUGGGACUCCUCUUUGUUUUGCUCCUCCUCCUGAUCAUCCUUACUGAGUCUGACCUUGACAUUGCCUUUUUCCGCGAUAUCCGCCAGACCCCCGAGUUUGAACAAUUCCACUAUCAAUACUUUUGUCCCCUCAGGCGAUGGUUUGCCUGCAAAAUCCGCUCAGUGGUGAGCCUGCUCAUUGACACCUGAGAAGGCAUGAAUCCUCCCAAUAACUAGCCAGGUGGACCAAGGAGCCCGGCUACCCAUUCCCAGCAAUGGGACCCAUCGCGGAACCAUCGGCACAUGUACCAAGUCCUCCUCUCAUGACUCAAAAAGUCCACAGCCUAGGAGGGUCGUUUCCCAGAAGAAGAAAGGGGAUAGGCACACGCCUUGUCUAAACUAACUGGGAAAACGCAUUUCCUUCAGAGGUUCUCUCAAGAAAGGCUCAGCAACUCCGUUUCUCAUCCUCCCAAUCUGCAGGAUAAUUUUUGGUUCUGAUUUUUGAUUUUUCAUAGAUGUGUAUUAUUUUGAAAAUAUCAAAAAUAAUUUAUUUUGUUAUUACUGAUUCUCGCAGUAGUGUCGCCCAGCAGACGGGACACUAGUUGAAGACUAGAGGGCUGGCGUCUUCUGUUUACUGCAGGAGCUUCCCUGGGGGCCCAGCAGACUCAUCACUGCAGCCUCAGCGGGGCAGGUCAGGGGCCGGGACAAUGGGGACUGUCUAGGUUUUCUUCCCAGACAGAGCUUUUAAAAAAAAAAAAAGUAAACAUCCAUGUAGAACGAUUAAAUGGAAAGUUGCUUCU